AUGGAAAACCGAUUACCCCUCCGUGAUACUCCGCGACUGUUCCCGCUUGUCCCUAGCGACACCGACUACGACGAAGACUCCCGAUAUUCACGGUCGGAAGGCUCAGUCACUUUCGUUGCUGACAAUAUUCAGCCGAUACAGGAAAAUGUCUUUGCAACUCCACCUAGUUCUCCAAGACCUUCGAAUGUGUUUGCUACCCCUGUGCAUUCACGUUGCCCUUCUCCUGUAGACCUCAACCGAGGAGAUUUGGGAGAAUCUACUUUAGCUCCUUCUACGUACUCCAUAAGACGUGAUUCCUCCUUUUCCUCACGACGAUCCCGUUCCCCUUUUCGCGCAGUGAGCGGCGGUUACCCUCCUCAACAUCGGGUUUCCUCAUCAUUAGCACCUUCUAUAAUAUCCAAUUCUUCUGGUCAUGCGACCGGAUCUGGACUGUAUCGGUCCAACACCGUUGCAACCAACACGACCAAUUCUACGAAUUCAUCAACGCUCUAUUCAAUACCAUCUCAGCUUUCACAACUCUCUUCACCUCCUUCACCACUCCCAUCAAUUGCUCCGGUGAGACCUCGAUUCGAUUAUGGUGGCCACCAACAAUCCAUAUAUCCUUUGUCGGUACAUAGCAAUUCUGAUAUCAGCGAGCCUGACCCUUUCGGGGAUGGAUUUGAGAUUCCGGUGGGAGAUGGGUUUGCUCCCCAUCACCAAAUCCAACCACCCUCAAUCGCUUCGACAGAACCACCUCCAUAUAGUAUGUAUCCGGACCAGCUGCCAUCAAAACCGGAAGAAAGAGGUAUUGUUGCAGAUUUUCGCUCGAACUCUGAUUCUGGGUUUUCAAUGGGGGAGGACGCAGAGGGUCAUAGGGAUACCAGGAUGGUGAUACCACCGCUUGUCGUGGGGGCUGAUGCGGGGCAGGUAGUGGGGGCAAAUGGCCGUGGAUCUCGUCAUCCGGAUGAUAGAAGCGGAGCUGCAAAGGAAUGGAAAGAGAAGCGGUGGCUCGGGAUCAAAGCUAGGAUCGUCGUUUUGGGGCUUGGGAUAGGGUUGCUGGUGCUGUUAGCUGUCGGGUUGGGAGUAGGUCUGGGUAUGGGAUUGAGGAAGUCAUCAUCUACAAGCGUGUAAGUCUACAAACACUCGAUGCCCCUAUCUGUCCUAUGGUGGGGAUUGCGCAAGGUGAAGGGGUAUUAUUUUUACUUUUGCUGAUCUCAAUCGCAGCCCCGUGACAUCAAUAUCAUCGUUUCCUAGCACAGUUGCCGAUAUGCCACCGUCUUCUGAGGAGACUGGACCACCUAUUUCGGACCCCGAUAAUACAUUCCCCGACAUUAAAACUGGUAUGGCGGUGCUGAGACCCUUGAUGCUCUCAGAAAUCUCUUCCAAUUGUCCACUUCAACUCCAAGACCGGUCUUCGCCCAUGUUUUUUGAAUUAGGCUCUACUUUGCUUUGGUCGUGCCAGAACUCUCUAGACAAACCACUUGUAUGGAGGUUCGACCAUUUCCCACCAGAGUCAUCUGGGGUUAAAAUGAGCAGCUUUCCUAGCCACCCCGAGUUCUUAAUGGGUGCAGAAUAUGGAGAGGGAUCCUGGGGAGGAUAUAUGCUUUCAAGUCUGGAAGGGAUAAUAAGGUUUGAUGAUGAUUGGGAUGUGGUAGUUAAGGAUGAUAAUGGUCAGGAAGAGCACUCCGCGGAGCCCGGUUGGAGGGAUGGUGCUCAGAAUCCCCUUUUCUGGCACGUUCCUUUGGCCUACUAUAAUUCUUCGACUAACAAUAAACGGCUGAACCUACGCUCGAACAACAGCACACCAGUGGGGAAGUUUGCGAACUACAGGUUCGGAAUUCUUUACGACAAAACUGUUGUCCUGAAACAGAAUUCCAUAGAUCAAACGCUGUCUCUGCUCAAGAACACCCGAGGCCCUCCGAAAUUUGCAAAUGGGACGGCAUUGGGUGAAGGCGACAUUGUUUGGAAGUGUGUAUGGGAGAAGACACUGCUAGAUGUUGAGAUCAGUAUCAAUCAGCCCAGUUUGGCCCGCCAUCCAACAGGGUUUGGUGGGGAUAGUGGACCUCCUAGUCAUAGGGGUGGAGAUGCUAGCUUGGGGGAUGGGCAAGGGGGUGGACGGGGUGAUGGGCGGGGUGAUAGUCGAGGCAGCAGGGAUGGGUUUUCUGAUGAACGCGGCAAGACCCUUUCCGGAUCACCGCCACCACCAGGCGGGCCUCCACCGCAAAACUCCUUCAAUGUGGGCAAUGGUGGUCAAAUUGAGCCGCCAGUCACUGCCCUCGCCAUUCCGACACCAACGGGGUUGAACGACUCUGCCGGUACGGAUGGUGCUUACGAAUUCUCCGACAUUCCUACUACCGGAAAGAUUAAACGUGGAGAAACAACAUUGCCCUAUCCCCUCAAGAUAACCAUCGAAGAAACCAGGCCAUCACCCAAGCGGUUGCGGCGGGUGAUGGGGAUGGAUCUUACUGAUGCAGACCCGCGCGGCUCCGGCAAGCCCGGCGAUGUGAAGUGUACCCAGAUGGUUGUCACUCGUCUCGGCGGGUUGAAACAGUUUAUGGAUGCGAAUGGCGAAGGGUUAGUCAUUCUAAAAGAGCAGGUGCCGCCGCGACGGAAGCGGGAUUCCAUACCUGGAGAGUGUUCAUGUCGGUGGACAUCGUGAUCCUAGGAGGAAGUAUGUCGGAGCACCGAUGAAAUGGUUACGAGGGAGGGGAUUACUGGCGUUAGCAAAUGUGUUUUUUACUCGCAGCAUCACGAGGCUUGUGGACCCAACACCUGACCAGAGUACUGAACUGCCGAUGGAGAUCUCAUGCAUCAUGAUUUAA